CUCGGGGAGGGCUGCGUGGGGAAAACCUCCCUGGUGCUGCGCUACUGCGAGAACAAGUUCAACGACAAGCACAUCACCACGCUGCAGGCAUCCUUUCUUACGAAGAAGCUGAAUAUUGGUGGGAAAAGAGUAAACCUUGCAAUAUGGGAUACAGCUGGACAAGAAAGAUUUCAUGCACUGGGGCCGAUCUACUACAGAGACUCUAAUGGUGCUAUUCUAGUAUAUGAUAUAACAGAUGAGGACUCUUUCCAGAAGGUAAAAAACUGGGUUAAGGAAUUAAGAAAAAUGCUGGGCAACGAAAUCUGUCUAUGUAUAGUAGGUAACAAAAUAGACUUGGAAAAAGAGAGACAUGUUUCAGUGCAGGAAGCAGAAACGUAUGCUGAAUCUGUCGGAGCAAAACAUUAUCAUACAUCAGCUAAGCAGAAUAAAGGAAUUGAAGAACUGUUUCUUGACCUUUGUAAAAGAAUGAUAGAAACUGCUCAAGUGGAUGAAAGAGCAAGAGGCAACGGAUCCAGUCAGUCAGGAACAGCGAGGCGAGGUGUACAGAUCAUUGAUGAUGAACCACAAGUACAGAGCAGCGGAGGGUGCUGUUCUUCUGGAUAGUGACAAAACUGUGCAUCACUGCCCUCUCAAUAUGAAGACUGCCAUAUUCCAAGUCACGCGUUCUUUACCAAUGGAGUAAUAGAGUUAACAGUAUUUAAAAAUAAUCACAUAUAACACUGCAGAGACCUUAAGUGCUAAACUAGUGGCGUCUGUGACCAGAGAAUUGGCAUUUUCUACAGUGGUUAACAAAGCAAUUACCAAUGGCCUUUUUACAUAUUUUUCUUUAAUGAGGAAUAAUAUGCAUGUAGAAAAGACCUACUUAAAGGCUUCAUUUAUAUUCUUUUAAAUCAGAUCAUUAUUUAAUAACUUAUAUACGUUGUUGUUGGAAUGGUAUACAUUUUUGCAGCUCUUUGUAUUUUGUGCUAGAUUGAAUUGUAUCACUUCUAAAAUGCACAUUGAUUUUUUUUUUUUAAAUUAGCAGAUAUAUGAAGUAAUAUUUUUGCAGGGCCUCCACAAGCCUGUAACUGUCAACUACUUUGAUAUAUUCUGUUCAUCCUGUAUGCCAAGCUGGUAAAAUACAUUGUAAAUUACCUAUUAAAUAUUUUAUCUGCUUUUACAAGUGCAGGUGCAGAAAUAUGUACAUCAGUCUUGUCAGUGAUUGUGAAGUGAAUAAGUCAGUGAAAAGAUGCAAACUUUUCAUGUGUACUGUUGAACUGUUCAUUCUAUUUCCCCUUCCUGAAAAUUGAAAACAGCUCUUUUUUUUUUGUGAACUCAUAGCUACAGUAUUUUUUUUUUUUUAAAGUCUUUUUUCUGGCAAGCAGCAGUAUUUAGAAUACCCUCUUAGUAGGAAGGGAAUGAUUCCUUAGCCUGCUGUUAAACAUUGAGGCAUUUGACUUCCAGCUGAAACAGCUGGAGUGUGCAUUUAUCUUGCCUCUCAGAAUAUCCCUAGAAAACUGGAGCAAAUUUAGCCCUUGUCUAUCUGGUAGCCACCUAAACCAGAUGCAUGGGAAAACUCUUAAUCUGCAUUAAUACAUUUAUGCACCAAGACAGCAUUAUAUUAAAAAGAAAAAAAAUGAAGCGUAAAUUUUUCUUGUGUUGCAAGGCUUGUGUGGGGAAAAAUGAAUUGGCAUUAAUUAGAACUGCUUCUGACUUGGAAUCAUUAUGUGGAAGGUAAGAAACUUGCCAGACACAAUUGUAAACUUGGGAAUACUAGACAAAACUGAACUUACUCUUGACUUGCUCUUUUACUUGUAAUGCUUUUUGAAGCCCACUUAAGGUUCUGGGAGGAGGGAUUUCAGAAAUAGUGUAUAAAUUACUAUCACAGAAGGAUCACAAAUGGUGGUAGUUAAAACUUCAAAGUGUUUUGUGCUCUGGAUUUUUUACUUAAGUUGUCUUGCUUGGAAAAACAGUAAAGGUGAUGUCUAUGACAAAAUAGAGUAUUUCUUGGCCUUCCUUUUUCUGAAGGGUAGUAUUAGUAUUGCCUAUAAAUGCACUGAGUGAUGUGAGUAUGUUACAGUGCACAACGGGAGUAGUACUAACUAAUCAGUCUGACAUGUAAGAAAUGCCUUCAUCUGGUAUCUAUUUUCUCUGAAAUAAUAGAUGGCUUUGCUACAGACUGGUCCUGAUGCUUUUAUUUCCUUUCUUUCUGCUUAAACUGGUUUAUAAACUCUCUCUAAAGUUAACAUUGGUGUGUUCUUCCCAUCAUGCAUACAACUAUGUUAAAAAAAAAAAAAUAAAUAGAGUGUUUUCCUUGCUAAGUGAAGACAGUACUACAUGACUGCACAGAGCCUUGCUCUGAUUCUAAAAUUUAUGACUGUGUCAAUAUAGCAACACUUAAGUAAACACUCCAAUAUUACAUCCAAACUUAAAUGAGGCUUGCCAAAAUUAAAAACAGGUCAGUUUUUUAAAAAUUACCUUCAAAUACAUUCAUGAGACAAGUCAGUUGUAUAGGUUAUACAAUAUUAGGAGGAGUAAAGUUGAGCCCCUGUGUUCAAGUUAGACAUCACUAUUAGGCUUGGUAAGUUCUCCUGAGCUAUCUGCUUCUUUAUCUGUUCCAGGGCAUGUCUUCCCAUCAUAGCAGAGUGUUUUCUGCUUUGUAGAUAGCUGCAGCAACAUGGACUUGGGUAAACACUGCAUGAAUUCGACCACAGUGAAGCAGUCUGCAGACAUGCAAAAAAAAGUAUUCUGUAGUAGGGAUUUUGUGUGACUUCUGUUAAAUACAAAACUAACAAAGUCACAUUGAUGCCAACUCUUAAUUCACUUGCAAAACUAAAAUUAUUAACUACUGAAAACUUGAGAGAGGGUAAGAAAGCUUGGUUUUUUUUUUUUGGUACUUAAAAUAUUUGGCUGCUAUUAAAAAAAUAUUACUUUUAAAGAAAUUCUCAGAAGUUAGUGCUCGUAGGGCCAAUGAAACUACACCAUGACAAAGCCUGACUGGGAGCUUUGUUGUUUAAGCUGCAGCUUGGCUGGACUUGAGUUGGAGAACAAGUCUGUUAAGCAAGAUAUCAUGUUUGAUAAUAUGAGUAGGAACCUGAGUAUAGUUCUUAAAAAUCCUACUUCUGACAUUAUAUAUUACAGCACAUUUAACAACCUAAUGUCUCAGGCAAAUGUUAUAAAAUGUUACAAAGCCAGUAAUACAGAUUAUUUUGGCAGUUGUCUAUAGACACUUCUGUACUAAGAUUAAUACUUCCUUGAAAGGAAAGAAAGGAAAGGAUUGUCUCCAGUCAGUCACUUUUCUUAGAAAUAACAGUUUAAUUGAAUGAAUAGUAAAACAGUCACCUGAAAACCUGUUUCCUUAAUAUUACCUAUUGACCUGAGGUGAUAUCUGGAAUGCUUGUUGUUUAUUAAAGUUUGAAAACACUUGAUUGGAGUGUGCAUCUAAAAGGCUGGGAUGGUAGAAUUUGAGAGUAAAUGUUCAAGUUGAGUAUGAAUUUAUGGAAGCUAGCUUCCUAGAUGAGUAAACAAAUGAUUGAUUGAGAUUGAUUUACAUAAGACUUGAGCUAUUCAUUCUUGCCAGGCAAAGUACAAUUGUAAUGGAAAAAUCACUUUUACUAUUUACAGACAAUAUCUGGUCUUUACUUGGUUUAUAUAUGUCAGAAGCACAAAUUGCUUGAUAGUUCAGUACUUGAGCAGAAUCUUACUUGAGUAACCUAGUACUAAUUCUUGUGUCUUGAGUUUUUAAAAAUCUUGCCUUUGAAGCUUAUCUAGAUUGACUAGUUUGUAUGUCUGUAUGUAUACAUAUAUGAGAAGGGUUCAAGAGAGCAAGUUCACAAAGUACAUCUAAUAAUGAAUAGGUAAUGCCAACCAGACUCCCAGCAUGUAAGUCUGGUUGCAAAGAGUGUUUGCAACCUUGAACGUAUCUACUCAGUGUAAAUUUUGAUAAGGAUAGCAUAUGGGACUACUUUUUUUGUAGUAUGUAAGUACAAAUCUAGUUUACUAAAGCAACUUUAAGUAGCUGCUCACAGUUUUGCUGUUAGUAUGAAUACUUGAGAUACCUGUGAAGUUUUAUUACUUGCUGAAAUAUCUAAGAAACCUAAGUCCAAAGACUUAAAUGCAGUGGUAUGUAUCUCAGUUAAGAGUUGUUUUUGGAUGCAAUUUUACUGAAUUAGAGUUAUGAACUAUAAGCUAUAGGUCAGAACUUGUGAGCAGGUAGGCAAGGAAACUAUUAUUUCUGAUGUUUAGAACUUGGAACUGAAUGUAACUAGCUCUGAAGACUUGGGAGUGGUUACUGGGUUUCAGUGGAUUUGCAUAGAAUUUCAAGGUCUAAUGAUGAAUUGCAUUGAGUAGUCUCUUGAGACAGGUAAGUAACUGAGUAUCACCUUGACUUAACACACAGUUCUCUGAUAAUAUUUACAUGUUAUGGACAGGGAUACUUUUUGAUGUGGUAGUAAGCAGGAAUCCCUGAGCCUUUCUAUCGUGCUACUUUUAUUUGUUCUAAGUAUUUAACUUAUUUAAGCUCUUGAAACCUAUGAAAUUCCAUUUCUGCACUAGAUUCAAAGCCAAAUGAAAGAAAGAAGUCUUGCAAAGUGUUAGGUAGUCAUGGAAGCUGGCUGGAGCUUCAGAGAGGUUCACAGAAAAUGUUGGUGUCAGUUUACAGAAAGUAAGAGGAGUGGAAGGCCUGCUUGAAAAUAAAUGAAAAUCUCCAGAAGCUGAAAGCAGAUAAGUGGGAUGAAUGGUGAAGUAGGGGAACAAGAAAAGUGGAGCAGGCAGCCUCCAUUUUCUCUUGUUUUUUUUUUUUGGUUGGAGGGAAAAGGAGAAGUAUGAAAAACUGAAGGUGCCUGUGCUAAGUUAACCAGUUCUUGGUGGGGCUGCUAAAGUGCCUUUCCAACUAAUCACUUAAUCCAGAGCUCUUUUGAGGUGACUGACUUCCUAGGUUGAUUUUUCCUUCUGUGAAAUACCAGUUUUUGCCUUGUUAAAGAGCUGAAUACAACUAACUUUGAAUGGGUUUUCAGGCAUAGUGCUAACCUACUUAAAUCUUGACCAAAAUAUACUCCUUUUAAAGGAGAUAUUCAGUUAUGAUUUUGUUAAUCUUCACAUUAAAGGUUGGGAUUUCUUUCCUUACUUGUCAGAAUGCAUCAUUCAAUGAAGGCAAUCACUGUUGUAUCAAGGACUAACAGUGAAGACUAAGAUCUUUGGCACCAGUUGUUGCACAAGCUUAACAGAGACAACACCCAAACCAGCUUCCUAUUAACUUAAUGUGUUGCUUUUGUUUGGGGGGAUUUUUGCUUUGUUUAGGAUCAACCUGUUCCAUCUCAGUGUUGUAGCCAUCUACUGAAUUUAGGCUUUUUCUAUGAGAUAUAAUGUAUAUUUACAUUCCUAUGUUCUCAGUGCUGACAUCAGCCAGUGAGCCAGUUCUGAGAACUCUGGAGAAUCUGGAAUGUUUCUUCUACUGAGCCGGCUUUAAAAAAGAGAGUGGAACUGUCAUCAUUACUACAAAGACAGGUGGAAAAUAUUUUGGCUUAGAAAAAAAAAUACUGUAAUCUGUUUAAAAAUCUCAAUUUUUCAGACUAUUUCAACAAUGAGAAUUUAUUUCAAGCUGAUGUAUUUUGAUUAGUUUUUAUGAGGCUACCUAGCUUGCUAAAGUUGUCCAAAGCUGUCCACUGAUUGGCAUGUUCUACAGCCCUGAAAUGUCUGACUGCAGGGAGUAGCUGCGCACUCUCUUAUGUUGGACAGCUUGGAGGUUUGAUUAUUUAAUCAAUAAGAGGAUGCUGAAAGGUAGAUAAGAAAAAUAGCUUCUACUUUCCUCUGCUGUGUGCCUCCAGGUGUGCAGUAUGGCCUGAUGCAGCUGUAGAGUGGUCAGUGAAGGGAUUAUGUCUCUUCCUGCUUGUUGGCUACAGUUUUCCUCAUUAAGAAACAAAAUACCACAGGAAACCUUCCUUGCCUGAGAUCCCCCUGUACAGGAAAAGAGACACAUACCCUUUGCUUGCUUUACUAGCUCUUCCAUAGCAGUAAUACCCAAUUCUUCCCACUCUAGGAAUUUUUUUUUUUUUGAACAGUUUCUUAAGAGAAACUUUUUUCACUUAUUGACAUUUGUUUUUGAUUCUAAUCUUGCUGAAAGUAUCACAACAAAGAAUGAUGAAUAGCAGUAUUGCAAUGAUCUUCCCCAGUCUGCUGUAGCAAUUGUUUGUAUCCUGCCUCCCGACCAGUAAGGGACAGAUACUGAACUCACAGUCCCUGCUAUCGCUGGUACCUGAAUUCAGACUCUAAGAUACUGACUUAGAAGAAACCCAAGUAGAGAGGAUCGAAGAGAGUAAUAACUACUUUUUCAUCUGUUGCUGAAUUUCUGAUGGACUGUCAUAAAUCUAAAUUCAUGUCUUUUUUGAGCAGUUGAAACUGUUAAACUGAACUGUACACCCUUCAAGUUAACCAUGUUCCAUUCUGAAAGGUCAGCAGACUUGGGAUUCAAGGUGUAGGAAAAAUGUUUUUUUUUUUCUUUUCAGACAGGAAACUACAGAAAAGCCUGAUUAAGCAGUUUCUUAGUGGAAAAAGAAGAGGAAAGCACUUAAAACAAAAAUACUCGAGCGCUGUCAGUGCUAUUUUGUUGUACAGGCAUUUUACUGAUUGUUUAACUGGAUUUUUCUCAUCUGAUAAGCCCAUUGAGUUUACCUGGCUUAAUCAAAUAGAAUUACUUAUUCUGAACCCAAGGAAAACUGUAGUAAGGCAGGAGCCAACACUGAAAAGGACACAGCAGUUUUAACAUCAAUUAACUUGACAUUGUCAAGUAUUGUACAAAUACUUUAUUUGGAAUUUGUAGUUAUGAGACUUCUUUGAAAAGAUAUUAAGAAAUACUGUACCAGUUGUAAAUCUUAAUUUUCUCAAUGCGCUGCUGCAGCCAAAGUUUCCAAAUACUUGUCAGAAUGCAUUUAAAGGGAGAUAGUUAUGUGAUAACUUAAUACCAAGAGUCAAAUAAGAACUUUUUAGGCAUUGAUAAAACACUCAUGCCAAGUAGGAAAAGUCAAAAUGCAUAUUAGCAGGAAUGGAUCAAUAGAAGACAAAUGUGUACUGAAAACCAUUAUAAGAAAACAGCCGAGAAAUAUGAAAAACCAAAAAGCUAAAACCUUCUUACUGUCAUAUCUGAAAAUUAUUCUUACGUAUGAUAAAUUACAUAACUUGAACAAUCUGAAAUAAAGGACCCCUUGAAAUUACUGGGGAAUGGGUGAGGAGUGGCCUGAUUUUAAAGAGCCUUGGUAAAGAUUGAGGUUAUAUUUUUCUUCAUAUUACAAGUUUUUGAACCUAUCUGAGCAUGAUCUGCUGAAAGAUGACUUGAAGGUGCAAAAUCAGGUUCAGAAAGAUUGCUCUAAAUUAUGCAAAGAUACACCCUGGAGAACAUAGUAUGAAUGGGGACCCAUGAAAAUGCAGCUUUGGUUCUCCAAACCUGUCUUUGGCAGCCUGCAAGAACUGAGAAGGGAGAAGCAGCUGCUCUUGAACCACACUUGCCAGGUCUAUGAACAUAGAACCAAGGCUCAAGAUUGGGAGUUUACCAACAGUGUUGUGUUCAUUUAAUAUGGAUGUCCCCUCUCUCUAAUGGAUGUUUGGUCUCACUUCCCUAGUGAAAGUUACUGUUCAGCUGAUGCAAAGGAUUUGAACUGGACGGGUAUUGUGAAUGAAAAUAGCAAGCAAAAGGAAAGGAGGGUUUGCACGGUUGCUGCCUUAGUGGUUCUUAACUUCUUUAUUUGCACUUUUCAAAAGUGAAUACUUACAUCCUACUAUCUUUAUGUCAGAGUGUAUUUUCUAUUUGAGAUGUUUAUGGAUCAAAGAAGUAAAAUCUUAAGAGCUUCUAGGAGUAAAUGUAGUUCUCCCAUUGAUUUAUUCUUUCCAUGCACUGUCAGCGCCGUACUAAAGGGGCUAUAUUAAAUAGUGACAAGUGGAUGUGCUGCUGCUUGUAAUGCCCUGCAGUGGGAGUCCUGUGGUAAACACUUCAAAGAGCAAAGAGCCAGUGCACCUCAUGGCCAGCCUGCUCUCAUGGGGGAUGCGUGCCAUUGCUUUGUGACAUAGAAUAACCACAAAACAAUCCUUCACCAUAAAAUGUGCCCAUAGACCUUAGAAAUGUUGAAGUUAAAAAUGACAUUAGAUGAUACUUUGCCUGGUGCAUUGCAAUAAUCCCAAUCGUCCUUUUAGUAUGUGAGUGCUGCAGUGCUUGGCACUGUGAGACAUUCAUGCAUUUUCAGGACUCAGGAAUUUCAGCUUGUGUUGAAAACAGUGAUCUCCAGAGUGAGUUACAAUGGCAAAUUAGAAAAGGAAGGAAGUGCUGUGUUAAUAACAGGCCCAUCCCUAGCACCGCAUUCUGAACAGUUAAGAUGAAAUGCCCUCACUCUAAAACUAUUGUUCCGUUAGUUUACUUCUCUUUCUGGGAGAUGUUGCUCUUUGAUUAUGUUGUAAUGCAUGCCUAGAAGUGGGUUACUACUACUUGUUUUUGCCUUCUGGAUUCCUAGCUUUGGCAAUACUUGUUCGUGCCAACCAGCAAACAACAGAUCAGUUUCUGUUUAGUCAUCACUCUCGGAUAGUUUCCAGCUACUCUCUCUGGAGACUGAUGCAAUCACAAAUCUCUCCUUGUAUGGCAAAUACAGAGCAUUUCAUGUUGGUAUCUGUUCUGCUUGUUUUAUAUUUAAAAGGUAAAUUUUUUUGUCCUGCAGAGCGAACAAAAUCAUUGUAAGCUUGCCAUCAGUUAUAACAACUGCAAUGUUUUGUUAUUCCAAGUCCUGUAUGUUUUGGCUUGUAUCAUAUUUUGGAAUUCUGUUCGUAUUCGAUAUGCCUAGAUGAAAAAAAAAUCAGGUUUUCACACAAAUUCACAGCUGUGGUUAAUGUACGGGCAAAACAUGACAUGCUACAAUUGCUUGAAUAAAGCUCCUCAUCUGGUGUA